GCGUGACGUAGGCGGAAGUGGCGUGGGCACCGGAUGUGGGGCGGGGUCUGCUGCAAGGGCGCUUUCUAAGCCGAGGAACUGGCGGGCGAUUGCAAUGGAGUCGGUUGCUUCAGAGAGCUCCCCAGCUCCAGAGAAUGAGCAUUUUCAAGAGACUCCGGAAUCAAACAAUGGUGUGUAUACAUCCUUUAUGAAGUCUCAUCGCUGCUACGACCUGAUCCCCACAAGUUCCAAGUUGGUUGUGUUUGAUACUUCCCUGCAGGUAAAGAAAGCCUUCUUUGCCCUGGUGACUAACGGUGUUCGGGCUGCCCCUCUGUGGGAUAGUAAGAAGCAGAGUUUUGUGGGCAUGCUGACCAUCACUGACUUUAUCAACAUCCUGCACCGAUACUAUAAGUCGGCCUUGGUGCAGAUCUAUGAACUGGAAGAACACAAGAUAGAAACUUGGAGAGAGGUAUACCUACAGGACUCCUUUAAGCCCCUUGUCUGCAUUUCUCCAAAUGCCAGCUUGUUCGAUGCUGUCUCUUCAUUAAUUCAAAAUAAGAUCCACAGGCUUCCAGUCAUUGACCCAGAGUCAGGCAACACCUUGUACAUCCUUACUCACAAGCGCAUCCUCAAGUUCCUCAAGCUGUUUAUCACUGAGUUCCCCAAGCCAGAAUUCAUGUCUAAGUCUCUGGAAGAGCUACAGAUUGGCACCUAUGCCAACAUUGCUAUGGUCCGUACUACCACACCUGUCUAUGUGGCUCUAGGCAUCUUUGUACAGCACCGAGUCUCUGCCCUGCCUGUGGUGGAUGAGAAAGGGCGUGUUGUGGACAUCUACUCCAAGUUUGAUGUGAUUAAUUUGGCAGCAGAAAAGACCUAUAACAACCUGGAUAUAUCUGUGACAAAAGCUCUACAACACCGGUCUCACUACUUUGAGGGUGUUCUCAAGUGCUAUCUACAGGAGACUCUGGAGACUAUCAUUAAUAGACUGGUGGAAGCAGAGGUUCACCGUCUGGUGGUGGUGGAUGAGAACGACGUGGUCAAGGGCAUCGUAUCGCUGUCCGAUAUCCUGCAGGCUCUGGUGCUCACAGGUGGAGAGAAGAAGCCCUGAGCGUGGGGAGGGACAGGCAGCGCCAGGGAAGAUGGCCCCCUCACUGCCUCCUGAGAGCUCUGGGAAUCAGAUGAAAUCCUGGAAGAACCGAGUGUGUUCCCUCAGGAGCUCCAUACCCACUGUCUGGAACUAGAGGAGACCGGAGGUGGGGGGGAGAAAGGACUUUUAGCUUCCCUUACCAUUAUGUAUACAUUUGAGAAAAUUUUUAGCCUAGCCAGCCAAUCCUAGCACCUAUGUCCUUAGACAUAUCUCCCUUCUGGGUGGACCAUGGGCUUUGUGCUCCUCAGGCAAACUCUGAUCUCUAAGAAACCCCUACAUCUCACCGUGCCCCACCUCUGUCUCUGCCCUUAUUCUACCAAGAUAAUAGCUCUACAAAGACUUCUUAAAAAUAUUUUUAUUCAUCCUGCUUCAUUUGUGUGGAGGAGACUGAGUCCAUUUAAUGUUAUUCCUUCCCAUGAAUCUUGUGGGGAGGUGCAUGUCUGGGUUCCUGCACUGUUUGCAUAUGAAGGCAGAUGGCUGUGGAGGAGGGCAAUGGGUAGGUAGCCAAGAUUAAUGCAUUUUGUGACAAACCUAAUUAAAUGACAAGAUUUUCAUCAUGGUA